AUGCCUGCCGCCCUCGGAAAACGAAAGCGCACAUCCGCCACUACUUCUACCAGCUCGAAGCUUCUUAGAGUAUCCAAGAUUACUCCGGCAAUACCAAAACCCGUUUCAGAAGAAGCUUCAGAUAACUCCCCAGAAGACGAAGAGGAAGACGAAGAGGAGGAAGAAGACAACACAGAAGCACUUGACCCUCAAGAAAUAUUCCGUCGUCAUUUCGAAGCACAAUUUAAACCUCUUCCCGUCUCUAUUCAAAAGUCUAAACCCAAACCUCAAAUAGUCGAAGAGGAAAACGAAGACGAUGAGGAUUGGGAUGGCCUAUCUGAAAAUUACGCCAGAGAUGGAGACGAAGGGGAAGAGGAAGAAAACGGUGUACAAGUAGUCGAACAUCUAAAGAAAUUUGAUUCUAGGAUCGCGGAGAUGAGCAAGGGGGAAUUGAGGGCUUUUAUGUCCUCCAAAGUCCCCAAAUCUCUCCCCUCACCAUCAAUAUCCAAACUCCCCGAGCUUGCACCAGGAUCUGCAGACGACCCCGGCGCAACCGAAUCUCUAAAUCUCAAACACGAUCUCGCGCUGCAACGUCUCCUCGAUGAAUCGCAUCUACUUACCUCCUCUGCAUCAUCUUCUGAUACGAAUUCACACGCUACCCAUUCUUUACAAGGAAAAAAUCGACUAAAAGCCCUAGAUAUGCGCGUGCAGGCUUUGGGGGGGAAAACAAGUAUACAUACACAAGAAAGCAUGCCGAUGAAUAUGCGGAAGGGGAUAGUGAAGAAAGCGGAAGAGAGGGAGGAAACGAGGAGGAGAGAGGCGAAGGAGAAUGGGAUUGUGCUGGAGACGAAGGGAGGGGGAAGGGGUGGUAGUGCUGGGUUUGGUGGGGGGAGAGGAGGAGGGGCGAUGGGGAGAGUAGAGAGAAGGAAGGAGAGGAGUGGGACGGGAGGGACUUUUGAUGCGGGGCCUAAGGUGGGGAGAAUGAGGGGGGCGACGUUGAAUUUGAGUGAGAGGGAUGUUGUGGGGAUUGAGGGGGCAAAGGGGGGUGGUGGGAAGAAGGGGAGGAAUGGAAAAAGUGGUGGGAGAGGGAGAGGAAGGGGGAAGAGGGGAUAG